GAGGCAGCGGAAGUGACUGGGGGUGGGGAGGCUGCAGGAAGGCGGGAUUUUCGCAGGUGCGGCAGGAGGGCCGUGGUGUGCCUCCCUCCCUCCCUCCCUCUCUUCUUACUCCGCGGGUUCCCUCCCUUCCGUCUCUCCCUCUCGUCGUGUAGGCGAGGCGAGGUCGGGACUUGGGGAGCACGCGUUUGGCUUUGGGAGAAAGGACCAGUGCUGGCCAGACAAAAUGGCUGCACACAAUAACUUCUAUAUCGGUCUCUGCUUGGCUCUCAGCUCCAGCAUUUUCAUUGGUGCAAGCUUCAUCCUGAAAAAAAAAGGACUUCUUAAGAUUGCCAGCAGGGGCUCGUUGAGAGCAGGUCACGGUGGCCAUGCAUACCUAAAGGAGUGGCUCUGGUGGGCUGGACUAAUAUCCAUGGGAGUUGGAGAAGCUGCUAAUUUUGCUGCCUAUGCUUUUGCCCCAGCCACACUAGUGACACCCUUGGGUGCACUGAGUGUGUUAGUCAGUUCCAUUUUGUCCUCUUACUUCUUGAAUGAGAAAUUGAAUGUUCAUGGGAAGAUUGGCUGUGUGCUCAGUAUUCUGGGUUCAACAAUGAUGGUGAUCCAUGCCCCACAGGAGGAGAUGAUCCUCACCUUGGCAGAGAUGUCUGAGAAGCUGAAAAGUCCAGUUGUUCAAGACUGUCCGUGACCCCUUUUGGGGUUUUCUUGGCAAAGAUACUGGAACAGUUUGGAUUUCCUUCUCCAGCUCAUUUUACAGAUGAGGAAACUGAGGCAAACAGGGUGAAGUGACAUGUCAAGGAUACCACAACUAGUUAGGGUCUGAGGCCAGAUUUGAAAUCAGAAAGAUGAGUCUUCCUGACUUCAGGCUCAGGCCCAGCCCAGGGCUUUAUCUACUAUGCUGCCUAGCUGCCUUUAAACUUACUAUGCUAACUAGAAAGGAGGUCAAGAGAACCAAAACAAGAUAUAGUUUGGGGGUAGCUAGGUAGCUCAGUGAAUAGAGAGCCAGCCUUAGAGAUGAGAGGUCCUGAGUUCAAAUGUGGCCUGACACUUCCUGGCUGUGAGAUCCUGGGCAAGUCACUUAACCCCAAAUGCCUACUCCUCACCGUUCUUCUGCCUUGGAACCGAUACUUCUUAUCGAUUCUAAGAUAGAAGGUAAGUGAUUUAGAAAAGAAAAAGAGAGAGAGCCUUAACACACCACAUCUAUCCCUAUUACUGUCUUACUAAAUUUGACCCAGUGAUCUAACUUGUUGAGAUCCUCUUGGAUUCGAAUUCUUUCAUUCUUCCUAGGUUUGUGUCAUCUGCAAAUUGAUAAGCAAGCAGGCCAGGUAUGCCUUUCUUCAAGUCAUUGGUGAAAUGAGCUAUUUAACAGAGAUCCAGGGGCCCUUUACUUGAGACUUCUUACCAAUUUACUUAUCUUUGGAUCCAACCCCUCUGUUACUUCUUAAUUCACCUUUUCCCAGUUUCCUUCUCUAGUUUGUUCUCCUCUUCCUGCCACCAAACAUUGGAUGUCCUUUUUAAGGCUCUGUCCCAGGUCUUUUUCUUUCUUUAUGCUCUUUGGUGAUUUCAUCUGUUUUUAGGGGUCCAAUUGUCACCUCUAUGUAGAUGGCUCUCAAAUGACAUGUUUGGCCCUGUUUUAUCCCCUGAGGUAGAAUCAAGUAUCUCUAGCUGCUUGUUAGACAUGUCAUCCUGGAUGUCUCAGACUGAACUCAUUGUCUUCCCACUUCCAUUUCCCCUCUGUCCUAAGCUUCUUGUCCUUGUCACUGGAGAUUGACCCUUGGAUUCAUUUUUAUAUACUGAUUCUCAGCAAAGCACCUACUGUGUAGGAUUAUAGCACCACCCCAGCUGUUUUCCCCCUUCCAUGGGGGAUUGCAGGAUUUAGACAAAAUAACCUCCUGGUUCCAUUUCUCCAUUAUUUUAUCACAAGUUUCAGAGGUGCAUUUCAUAUAGGUACCCAGAUUUAAUAAUCUGUGUGGUUUCUACCCUUUUUGUUUGAAGGUCUUCUCAUUUACUUUUUAGGUGAUAGAAGAGCACCAUGUUUUAAGCACCCUAAUCUAGCUCCUUAGCAGGAGCCUUACUUCCCACUUGAGAUUAUAUUACUUUGCUAGUUCUAAAUCCUGUGGGCCAUUUUCUCCUCAAGAAUUCCCUACUCUUGUACCUGAAUCCUGAUCCGAUGUUUCCUGCUUACCCCCACCCCGAGGUUGUUACCAAAUAAGUAUCUGACACAGAAACUGUCCGUCUCUUCACAUUAGACCUUUUUUUUUUUGAUGGUGAUAGCUAUAUGGAAAAAAUUUAGAACUAAAACCUUACUUGUUAAUGUGAUUAGAGGACUUUCAAGUUCAAAUCCAUUUACUCUUGCUGAGAUGUGAUAGUAUAUAGUUUUUGUGAUUUAGCCUUUCCUAUGUCUGUAGAAUAAUGGAUUUCAGAUUCUUACUAAUUGAAUUUUCUUUUCUCUCAGGAUUUAUUGGCUUUGCCAUAUGUGUACUGGCCAGUUCCACUGCCCUCAUCUUUGUGGUAGGACCUCGAUAUGGCCACAGUAACGUCUUGGUGUAUGUUCUGAUCUGCUCCUCAAUCGGUUCCCUUUCUGUGUCCUGUGUCAAGGGUUUGGGCAUCUCUCUAAAGGAGCUUUUUUCAGGGAAGCCUGUCCUGAAAGAGCCCCUUGGUUGGGUGCUGUUGUUUUGUCUGGUGAUUUGCAUAAGUAUUCAGAUCAACUAUCUGAACCGGGCCUUGGACAUUUUCAAUACCUCCAUAGUUACUCCCAUCUAUUAUGUCCUUUUCACAACAGCUGUCAUGACCUGCUCUGCCAUUCUUUUUAAGGAAUGGCAGUAUAUGGUCCUAGACAGCGUCAUCGGCACAAUCAGUGGUUUCCUAACCAUUGUUUUUGGCAUUUUCCUUCUUCAUGCCUUUCGAGAUAUUCCUUUUUCUCCUGACCUGAUAUAUUUUUCUCCAAGGUCAGGUUCAAGUAAUCCCCAUGCUCCUCCCUGGAGGGAAAAUGAAAGACAAAAUCAGCCUCUCCUAAAUAGGGAGGACCUCAACAAAGAGUUCCAGAAUAUUGAGGUGGAAGAGAUUGAAAAUCUGUGAAUAAUCUUAGGCAGAGUCCUUUCUGUUUCUGUUGGGUAAGGUGGCCUUUGUACUUUUGCUUAAGAUCUGCCCAGGCCUCUGACAUCUAUCCAGGUCAGAUCAGAUUUACCUGGAAAGGAACAGAUUAAUACCUAACUAGUAAGCAGUGGAACAGCAGAACCUCCCCAACUGCCAUGUUGUCACUAGUCUCAUUUGUUUCACUUGCAUAGAACAUGCUAAGUUGUUGUAAGACAUGGUGCUAGAUAUCUGUGUAUGUAUAUAUACACCGGUGAAGUAUUUGUGAAAACAACCAUUGAUUCCUCAUCGAUAGUUUCAGACAACCUAAAAGCUGGAUUUACUUGGUACACUUGGAAUAUUUCAGUGUUUAGUGAAUGCUAGUUUGUUUUUUAAAUGUUUUUACAGGUGUUUUGGUGUCCCUGUUAGUGCUAACUGAAUCCUGACCAUCCUGAAGUUUGUAUCAAGGACUCAAGUAUAAUUACUAAUAACUGCUGCCUGGUAAGAGCAUUUGAUUGUAAAAAAAAAAAAUUAUAUUCCAGAGACUAUUAACUGUCCCCCUUCCCCAGCUUGUAGUCCUUAGGGUCCUGGAGGGCAAAGUUGAUGAUUUAGCUACCCAGAAGAAUACCUAUUUCAGACCUUGGUGACCCUCUGAUACACUUAAAUAGAAAGCAAAGUACAGAGUCACUUGUCAUGUAAUGUGUGUGAGACCAAAGCAAGAAGCAGCUUAAAGGGCCCUUUGGGCAUUUUUGGCUUGACUUGCAGCAGAGUUCCCUUUGUCCCUGCCCAGUUCCCUGAAGAUUACAAAAUCCAAUGGCAGCCUUCACAUGAGGACCGACAGCAGUUAUAGAUAUUAUACUUCCUGUCUGCAGAUCAUCCUAGAGUCUAUAGAAGGCUCAUGGUAUGUUUGAAAGAGAACCAAGCACUAGAAUGUAAGCUCCUUGAGGGCAGGGGACACUCAGGUUUUUACUUUUGUAACCAUAUUUGAUGCUAAAUAAAUGUUGAUUCUUGAUGAGCAAUAUAA